AUGGGCAUGCAAAAAUACCACCAUCAUUCCUCUCCUACUCUCCUCAACUGGUCCCAAUCACAAGAUACCACCUUCAUUCCUCUCCUACUCUCCCCAACUGUCCCAAUCACACAGAUACCACCUUCAUUCCUCUCCUACUCUCCCCAACUGUCCCAAUCACACAGAUACCACCUUCAUUCCUCUCCUACUCUCCUCAACUGGUCCCAAUCACAAGAUACCACCUUCAUUCCUCUCCUACUCUCCUCAACUGGUCCCAAUCACACAGAUACCACCUUCAUUCCUCUCCUACUCUCCCCAACUGUCCCAAUCACACAGAUACCACCUUCAUUCCUCUCCUACUCUCCUCAACUGGUCCCAAUCACAAGAUACCACCUUCAUUCCUCUCCUACUCUCCCCAACUGUCCCAAUCACACAGAUACCACCUUCAUUCCUCUCCUACUCUCCCCAACUGUCCCAAUCACACAGAUACCACCUUCAUUCCUCUCCUACUCUCCUCAACUGGUCCCAAUCACAAGAUACCACCUUCAUUCCUCUCCUACUCUCCUCAACUGGUCCCAAUCACACAGAUACCACCUUCAUUCCUCUCCUACUCUCCCCAACUGUCCCAAUCACACAGAUACCACCUUCAUUCCUCUCCUACUCUCCCCAACUGUCCCAAUCACACAGAUACCACCUUCAUUCCUCUCCUACUCUCCCCAACUGGUCCCAAUCACACAGAUACCACCUUCAUUCCUCUCCUACUCUCCCCAACUGGUCCCAAUCACACAGAUACAUCCUUCAUUCCUCUCCUACUCUCCCCAACUGGUCCCAAUCACACAGAUACCACCUUCAUUCCUCUCCUACUCUCCCCAACUGGUCCCAAUCACACAGAUACCACCUUCAUUCCUCUCCUACUCUCCCCAACUGGUCCCAAUCACAAGAUACCACCUUCAUUCCUCUCCUACUCUCCCCAACUGGUCCCAAUCACAAGAUACCACCUUCAUUCCUCUCCUACUCUCCCCAACUGGUCCCAAUCACAAGAUACCACCUUCAUUCCUCUCCUACUCUCCUCAACUGGUCCCAAUCACAAGAUACCACCUUCAUUCCUCUCCUACUCUCCUCAACUGGUCCCAAUCACAAGAUACCACCUUCAUUCCUCUCCUACUCUCCUCAACUGGUCCCAAUCACACAGAUACCACCUUCAUUCCUCUCCUACUCUCCCCAACUGGUCCCAAUCACACAGAUACCAUCUUCAUUCCUCUCCUACUCUCCCCAACUGGUCCCAAUCACAAGAUACCACCUUCAUUCCUCUCCUACUCUCCCCAACUGGUCCCAAUCACAAGAUACCACCUUCAUUCCUCUCCUACUCUCCCCAACUGGUCCCAAUCACAAGAUACCACCUUCAUUCCUCUCCUACUCUCCCCAACUGGUCCCAAUCACAAGAUACCACCUUCAUUCCUCUCCUACUCUCCCCAACUGGUCCCAAUCACAAGAUACCACCUUCAUUCCUCUCCUACUCUCCCCAACUGGUCCCAAUCACAAGAUACCACCUUCAUUCCUCUCCUACUCUCCCCAACUGGUCCCAAUCACACAGAUACCACCUUCAUUCCUCUCCUACUCUCCCCAACUGGUCCCAAUCACAAGAUACCACCUUCAUUCCUCUCCUACUCUCCCCAACUGGUCCCAAUCACAAGAUACCACCUUCAUUCCUCUCCUACUCUCCCCAACUGGUCCCAAUCACACAGAUACCAUCUUCAUUCCUCUCCUACUCUCCCCAACUGGUCCCAAUCACAAGAUACCACCUUCAUUCCUCUCCUACUCUCCUCAACUGGUCCCAAUCACAAGAUACCACCUUCAUUCCUCUCCUACUCUCCCCAACUGGUUCCAAUCACAAGAUACCACCUUCAUUCCUCUCCUACUCUCCCCAACUGGUCCAAAUCACACAGAUACCACCUUCAUUCCUCUCCUACUCUCCCCAACUGGUUCCAAUCACACAGAUACCACCUUCAUUCCUCUCCUACUCUCCCCAACUGGUCCCAAUCACACAGAUACCAUCUUCAUUCCUCUCCUACUCUCCCCAACUGGUCCCAAUCACAAGAUACCACCUUCAUUCCUCUCCUACUCUCCCCAACUGGUCCCAAUCACAAGAUACCACCUUCAUUCCUCUCCUACUCUCCCCAACUGGUCCCAAUCACAAGAUACCACCUUCAUUCCUCUCCUACUCUCCCCAACUGGUCCCAAUCACAAGAUACCACCUUCAUUCCUCUCCUACUCUCCCCAACUGGUCCCAAUCACAAGAUACCACCUUCAUUCCUCUCCUACUCUCCCCAACUGGUCCCAAUCACACAGAUACCACCUUCAUUCCUCUCCUACUCUCCCCAACUGGUCCCAAUCACAAGAUACCACCUUCAUUCCUCUCCUACUCUCCCCAACUGGUCCCAAUCACAAGAUACCACCUUCAUUCCUCUCCUACUCUCCCCAACUGGUCCCAAUCACACAGAUACCAUCUUCAUUCCUCUCCUACUCUCCCCAACUGGUCCCAAUCACAAGAUACCACCUUCAUUCCUCUCCUACUCUCCUCAACUGGUCCCAAUCACAAGAUACCACCUUCAUUCCUCUCCUACUCUCCCCAACUGGUUCCAAUCACAAGAUACCACCUUCAUUCCUCUCCUACUCUCCCCAACUGGUCCAAAUCACACAGAUACCACCUUCAUUCCUCUCCUACUCUCCCCAACUGGUUCCAAUCACAAGAUACCACCUUCAUUCCUCUCCUACUCUCCCCAACUGGUCCCAAUCACACAGAUACCACCUUCAUUCCUCUCCUACUCUCCUCAACUGGUCUCAAUCACACAGAUACCACCUUCAUUCCUCUCCUACUCUCCUCAACUGGUCCCAUUCACACAGAUACCACCUUCAUUCCUCUCCUACUCUCCCCAACUGGUCCCAAUCACACAUAUACCACCUUCAUUCCUCUCCUACUCUCCCCAACUGGUCCCAAUCACACAUAUACCACCUUCAUUCCUCUCCUACUCUCCUCAACUGGUCCCAUUCACACAGAUACCACCUUCAUUCCUCUCCUACUCUCCCCAACUGGUCCCAAUCACACAGAUACCACCUUCAUUCCUCUCCUACUCUCCUCAACUGGUCCCAAUCACACAGAUACAACCUUCAUUCCUCUCCUACUCUCCCCAACUGGUCCCAAUCACACAUAUACCACCUUCAUUCCUCUCCUACUCUCCCCAACUGGUCCCAAUCACACAGAUACCACCUUCAUUCCUCUCCUACUCUCCCCAACUGGUCCCAAUCACACAUAUACCACCUUCAUUCCUCUCCUACUCUCCCCAACUGGUCCCAAUCACACAGAUACCACCUUCAUUCCUCUCCUACUCUCCCCAACUGGUCCCAAUCACACAUAUACCACCUUCAUUCCUCUCCUACUCUCCCCAACUGGUCCCAAUCACACAUAUACCACCUUCAUUCCUCUCCUACUCUCCUCAACUGGUCCCAUUCACACAGAUACCACCUUCAUUCCUCUCCUACUCUCCCCAACUGGUCCCAAUCACACAGAUACCACCUUCAUUCCUCUCCUACUCUCCCCAACUGGUCCCAAUCACACAGAUACAACCUUCAUUCCUCUCCUACUCUCCUCAACUGGUCCCAAUCACACAGAUACAACCUUCAUUCCUCUCCUACUCUCCCCAACUGUCCCAAUCACACAGAUACCACCUUCAUUCCUCUCCUACUCUCCCCAACAAGAUACCACCUUCAUUCCUCUCCUACUCUUCCCAACUGGUCCCAAUCACACAGAUACAACCUUCAUUCCUCUCCUACUCUCCCCAACAAGAUACCACCUUCAUUCCUCUCCUACUCUACCCAACUGGUCCCAAUCACACAGAUACCACCUUCCGAAGCAGGACGUGA